CGUGUGAUCUGUUCAACUCCAUAAAGUCCUGGGCAACAUGCGGCGUAGUUGUUUUAGUGCAACAAAGGAUUCGACUCAAGCCCCCGUGCUGACGUAGACAAAGAGAAACUUGAUAGCUAUAUUUCAAAGUGGUUGAUGCAUUUCUGAGGUGCGCUUGGAGCUCGGCUGCGCGAAUUUGCAGAGCUGGCGUUUUGGCGGCACCUCCGUGAGUCUGAGGAGUGCCGGACUACUGUGUCUGUGGAUGAUCGGCAGCAUCAGGCUCCAGUUUUUGUUAGAUAAUCUCUUCGUGGUUGAGACGCAAAGGAGGUUUUUUUUGCUCUUCGUGGUUGAUAAAGGUCCACCGUGGUCUUACGGAAUAAAAACUAUUGGCGCCAGGAAUAGUACAUGAACGCAGAAAAAUGAUGUUGGCGAGGCAAGCUCUGCGACGACCACUGGCGGCGACGUCAGCGGGGUCCUCAGGAGGACCAGUGGCCGGGAGCGGGAUCUCAAGGACAGUGCACACAACGGCGAGGACGAACCUUCUAGGCCGUUUCGGCGAAACGGCGAGAUCCGCGCCACUUCCUGCCGCACAGCUCAUAGUCCAACGAUGCUUUGGAGGAGGAGCUAUGGAACCGCAUCGACACGGUCGAGAACACCUUAGGCCGAAUGGCGGCAUCAUUGAUGGAUUGGCGAAAAUGGGCGAGUUCUUCCACGAACUGCCGACUGCAGAACUAAACAAAUGUACUCUGUACUGUGUACUUGUACUGUAGUCCUACUAGCUCCUACUAUCGCGAGGACUCCAUUUAGAAACCACCUGAAGCUGCAGGCUCCUUUGACACCUGUCCGUCCUCUUCGAAUUGCUCCUUUGAUUACCCAUGAAUUUCCCAGGUGUUCCGCAAAAGAUGACGCAUGAACGCGGCCAGCAUUGGGUGCACGGAAACGAUGUAUCCCAUCACUUAGCCGAGCAGACCGCAUAUUGCCACUACGUUGAUGUAUUCUUUUAUUUAUCGUAUUUGAUUUUCUUGAUGCACUGCAGCGGCAGUUGUAGUUUGAUUUGUAUUUGUGGCAGCACGAUUAUCGUGAAGAUGAGAAGUGUUUGAUCUCUUACAAGGUGCCGGUUUUCCGAUCAAAUGAUACAAUGUUUCAUACCUGAUAAUUUUAUCUCUACAAGUACCUCCUGCGACCUUUUAACUACAGCCGCCAUACCGUCCACGAGACAAGAACAGGAAUUGGGGUGACGGCGAAUACAGAAUGUAUGUCGAAUGGCUAAACUUUUAUGUACCGGUCUUCAUCCUGGCUGGGAUGGCGGUUCCGGCAGUCUGUGGUCUCUAUGCGAUGGAGGAUGCAGUGGACUGUGAACUCGUCGUCAAAGUGAUCGGUCGCCAAUGGUACUAUAAUCGCCGUCGGGGUCUACAAAUUCGAUCAUGAUUUACGCCUACUUAUCAUAAUUUUCAUUGGAGUAGAGAAAUCUAAAUUACCUGACUUGCCUUCAUGAUUUUCUUGUCAGCUUGGCCGCUUACACUACUCGAGCCGGGCUUGCGGGACCGCAGCCAGGUGUAGCUCAAGCCCCCCCACCCUGACCACACUCCUCUGUAUCGGUUUCGUAUCUGCUAACUAAUAUCCCUUUUCGCACCCUCCUCCAACCGUGUGCUCCUGCUCUUUUUCGUUUAGAUUAUUUACUCGUUGGCAUCGCUCCCGCCCAGGUGUGUCAUUCUCGACAAGACACAACGUAGCUAGUUACUAGAUAUCGGGAAAGCCUUGGCACUUCUUUGCCAUGCGUUAGCCCCUCGCGUUUGCCUUGGCUGUUACCCCUUUUGUUCCGCCUCGCUGUCUCCAAGUCUUUGCUCUCCUUCACCUUCCUCACCUCCACCUCCCUGCCUUCACCUCCCUGCCUUCACCUCCCUGCCUUCACCUCCCUGCCUUCACCUCCCUGCCUUCACCUCCCUGCCUCCAUUUCCUAACCUCCAUCUCGCUGCUUCCACCUCCUUGCCUUCACUUCCUUUCUCCCACCUCCCUGCCCUCAGCCUCACCUCCUUGCCCCCAUCUUUCUACACCCAAUAAUUGCCGUUUCUCACCUCUCUACGUACCCCUCCCUUCCUACCCCCUCCAUCUCUCUACCCCCACCUUCCUACCCGCACCUCCUUGCUUUUACCUCCUUGCCCCCACCAAGCGGGGCCUCUCUAGUUAAAGUUACGCACUCCCUAGAUAUUUUCGAGUUAAGUAAAAGGGGACGCUUUCUAGUAAAAUCCCGACACUUUUUAGUUAGAGUUUGUUAUACACUUAUUUCUAGCUCUAGGUGAAAUUAAACACUUUCUAGUGAAAGUUAGACACUUGCUAGCUAUAACUCGACAGCUACUAGCUAAAAUUCGACACUUGUUAGCUAAAGUUCUACACUUACUAGUUAAAGUCCGACACUUUAUGGCUAAAAUUAGCCACUUACUAGCUAUAGUUCGACACUACUUACUGGCCAGAGUUCGACACUUGACUUCCUAGCUAUAAUUCGACACUUACUUCUGGCUAGAGUUAGACACUUCUUGGCUAGAGUUAGAUACAUACUAGCUAUAAUUCGACACUUACUAGCUAUAGUUCGACACUUACUAGCUAGAGUUAGACACUUACUAGCUAGAGUCGGACACUUAUCGGCCAUAGCUCGACAGUUACUAGCUAUAGUUCGACACUUACUAGCAAGCUAUAAUGCGACGCUUACUAUUUACAGUUCGGCACUUACUAGCUAGAGUUCGACACUUACGUACUAGUUAGAGUUCGGCGCUUAGUUACAAGUUAUGAUUAGGCACUUGCUAGGUAUAGGCCGACAGUUACUAGCUAAAGUUCGACACUUAUUAGUUAAUAUGAUUAAACUUUUUCUAGUUAUACAGUGGCACUUUCUCGUUAAAGCUAAACGCUUUCUAGUUAUAAAAUGACGCUUUCUAGUUAGAAUUAAACAGCUAUUAGUUAUAGAGUGACGCUUACUAGUUAUAAACUUCUAAUGCUUGUUUGUCUUUUUGCUAUGUUUUUUCUAUGAACGCGCAAGCUUUGUUUUUUAUUCUUAUUUUCCAUGAUUGAUAUAUUGAUUAUAAUUUUCCUAGUGCAGGGCUGCCUCUUAGUCUCUUCUUGAUUAGUCGCCGUCUAGUCCACGCGCAUUACCUGACUUGCUUUCUGAUUCUGAUGCCUCACCUACUUCAGGUAUUGGCUAUACGAGGUAGAAAGCCCCGUUCUGACUGAAGAAGAUGAGGAUUAACCGCGCAGCAUGAAGACAAUGAGUGGAGAUGAUUCGCGGCGCGGCGGAGCCAAGAUAGAAUCCAGAUGUCGAUGUUGCGUCCAAGUGCUAGAUCUGAGAAUCACCUCACUGGUUAUGCACUUCUGAUGUUGACAUUGUUCAUCUUCCUCACUGUUAUGCUUAGUUAUGCUGUUGGAAGAUCCGGCAGAUACUCUCUGAAGAUCAAGAGGAUGACUACGUAUGUUGAAGAUGACCAACUAGAAGGACGCAAAAAUAUUGAACUACGUACCCGCUCGUGCUCCAGCACGAGCUCGACUCGUAAUUUCCAAGCAGAUCGCAAACGCAAAAAACGAAUCAGAUGAAACACGCUGUGGCGGUGCGCGCUGCAGAUGAGUGAUCUGAACAGCUUGAUGGAAC